AUACUAUUAUUUAUUUCGUUUCCGUUCGUGGAUAUUUUUGUUUAUUAUUUACUUAAUUCUCUACGACUUAAUUAAACACUGUUAUCGUUUGACCACGAAGUAAUUCACUUGAUUGUCUUUACCUAUUAAUACAAUUACUAUUGAAUUUGAAACUAUAUAAUAUUUACAUUUGUGAAAGUACAAACCAAAAAGUACAUAAAUUGUGAAGUGGUAAUGAUGUCAGUGCUUUAUUGCUUUUUCAUUUAUAAUAUUGAGUUUAAAUGCGUGCAGGAGACUACUAGCUAGUCUAGUAGAAGAGUUUACAUGUGCAAAGCAAAUGCUUUAGAUGUUAUUUCCAGUCGCGCAUUUUCCUGUCUUGAUAACCCCAAGUUGUUUAUGUGAGAACGUUCGCAUAAUCGUAGUUUUAGUCAUGUCGUGUCGGUGACUGAUACUGAUAUACUCGUGAUAGAGUAGAUGGGCGCUAUGUUAUUCUUAGCGAUUUCGGCUUGCAUGUUGAUUACUUGUGCGAAUGCAGAAUAUAGCAUAAAAUGCAACAACCAAUCUGAAAGUGGUAUGUCAUUUGAACCAUCUACUGAUGGCGUAAAAGGUCGUUACACAGUUGUGUGGUGUACGGAGGCGGAUGAAAAUGUAACUGAAUGGGAUCUUAUUAUACGAUAUUACGAGACACGCAAACCUGAAAAGUGUAAGCAUUACGAUUUGAAGCACCCACCUCCAUUGGGUCUAGCACACUCUCGCAUAAGGCAAGAUGUAAAUAUAAGCCCUGAUUGCACAAAUGCAUGCUUUUCAACAUCAGUUGAUCUGAUAUUCCAAGCAUGCUAUGCUAUUAAGAGCAUGUUACUGCGUGGCACCCACAGUUCUGAAGGGCAUGAUUCCUUCCAUUAUGUAAGGAACAAUUUCACUAAAGUUGGGUCACUAAGAGCUAACACUCCUGCUGUUAAAUUUGUCAAUUACAAUGAUCAUGUGUCAGCCAUUUGGUUCCUUGGCUCUGUCCCUGCUGCCAAGUUCACAAUGGAUAUCUGCCGUAUUAAUGUCACAUUGCCUUCUGAGGUAAUUCAAAUAAUAUUUUUACAAAAAAAAAUAACAUUCUUCUUCUUCAGCCCCAUAACAGUAACUAGUAAUACGUUCUAGGAAUACUAGUUAUUGUUUACUACCUAGGGAUUUAAAAAAAAAAAAGAAGAAGAAUCUAGAGAUCCGUUCCGGAUUCGCCUGGGUAGUGUCUGUUAAUGUCAUUUAUGUCACCAUUUAGAUUUAAGAUAAACAUACCAUUGCAGUUCUUUACAAGUCUACUGCCAACUACAACCAACAUAGGCCUUCGCCAAAGAAUGCCACAAAACACGGUCCUGAACCACCUUGCAUUCAUCAACUUCCUGCAUUUCUUACUAGGUCUUCACUCCAUCUAGUGAGGGGCCGCCCUGUACUUCGCUUAACGGUUGCCACUCGAUAAACAUCAACAGUUAUUUAUUUUAUCAAUUUUUCGAUUUUCUGAUAAAAUAUAGCCUCCAAAUUACUCCUGGCAUUGCUCUUUAUCUGUUUUUGUAGCUUUAUCACAUUCGGUUCAGCCAUUCUGAAGAUUAGCCUGAACAAAUAGACAGACAGACUGAUAAAAUUUCAAAAAUGGCCAAGAAGUUAUUUUGAUUUGACAGACAGACACUUAAAUUUUAUUCAUUUGUAUUGACAAUUAAAUACAAUUAGUUACAAUAGGGUAUUUUGCACCAUGUAAAAAAGAAAUAACAAAUUCGCAUUUAUGAUAGAUUAUGUAAAAAGUAAACGAGAAAUGUUUCUAAUCAUAAAAAUGUUGUUACACUUUACGAGUAGAUUACGUGUAAUCUAAUAUCAAAAGCUUAGUCAGGACAAUUUGGGAUCAACAGGUAUUAAGGCUAUUUCCAGAUUGCAUAACUAAGUACUUAUUACCAACUUUUGUUUAUGCAAUAACACAUUAGCAGGUCAGUGUCUUUUGAAUAUACAUAGCUAUGUUUAUUUUUGAUUUAUCAUCAUCAUCAUCAUCAUCAUCAUUACAGCCCUGUACAAGUCCACUACUGAACAUAGUCCUCCCCCAAGCAAUGCCACAAAGCACGGUCCUGAGCCACCUGCAUUCAUCGACUUCAUGCAUAUCUUACCAGGUCGUCACUCCAUCUAGUGGGGGGGACGCCCUACACUUCGCCUGCCGGUACGAGGCUGCCACUCGAGAACCUUUCUUCUCCAUCGGUUGUCGGUUCUUCGAGCUAUAUGGCCGGCCCAUUGUCACUUCAGCUUACUAAUCCGUUGGGCUAUGUCGGUCACUCUGGUUCUACUGCGGAUAUCCACAUUUCUAAGUUUAUCACGCAGAGAAACUCCGAGCAUAGCCCUCUCCACAGCUCGCUGAGCGAUCUUGAGCUUCUUCAUACGGCCAGCAGUGAAGCACCACGUCUCAGUUCCAUAGGCCAUCACUGGCAACACGUACUGGUUGUACAGUCUCGUUUUCAAGGUUUGAAGUAAACCUGACGAGAGAAGUGCCGUAAUUUCCCGAUUGCUGCCCAACCGAGUUGAAUCCGUCGAUUGACCUCUCGGUCGAAAUUGGACUUACCUAGUCGGACUAUUUUAUUUUUGAUUACAAUCAUUAAUUAUAUAUAAGAUAACCUAAUCUAUUACAAAAUUUGACUUACAAUACCUAUCACCUCAUAAUUUUUUUUUUUAUAAACGAUAGAUAAAUAUAAGUCAUACUUACGUCAAAGUGAUCUUCACAGGAGUAUAGUCUAGUUUUUGUAGAGAAUGUCUUCAGGUCUCUUCUUGCCAGUUUUAAGUUUUAACCAAAUAUUUCUCAUACUUAAAUCAGUUGGCACUUGAAUCCAUAACUUCCCCGGCGUUCUUAUGCUCGUAUUUUUGCAUUCAGGCACAACACACCAACGAUACAGAUAUAUAAUAAGUCAUUACCUACGAAAUUGCCGUACUGCAGUACUUUUCAAUCAAAAUUAUUUUUGUUUGGCUGAGAAUUCUAAUUUUAAAUUAAUUUUUCAAAAUUAGUCACAUGUUUAUUGAUUAGCUUUAUGGUUGCAUCGCAUUUGAAACUUGCGUCAUCAUGGAUACAUUAAAAUUCGAGUAAUUAUGGAAUAUGAGUACCGUCGAAGCAGCAACGCGGUACAAGCGGCACGUAACAUCAAGGACGUUUACGGAGCGAAUAGAUACUACAAAGUACAAACGAACGCACCACCUGUUAAUGGCUUGCGCGCUUCCGUUCUGGAAAUUUCGACCUGAAAACUGAACCUCGUGGUCGUCAAAAAACUUUGGUCGACAAUGACGAAUUAAAGACGAUUCUGGAAACUGAUGAUACUCAGUCUACGUCUACGGCUGAAUUAGCAGCAGCUUUCGACGUUAGCAUCAAAACAGUAUUGGUCCGUUUACGUCAAAUUGGAAAGGUAAAAAAGCUUGACAAAUGGGUGCUCUACGAACUCAAUGAUCGCCAGCGCAAAGUACGCGUCGAGACGUGCCUUGCACUGCUCAACAGGCACACAUACAAAGGAAUUUCAAACCGGAUUGUUACCUGCGACGAAAAAUCGACUCUGUUUAACAAUCGCAAGCGCUCUGCAAGUUUGUUGGAUCCUGGUUCAGCACCUAAACAAUGCCCUAAACGAAACUUACCUCCUAGAAAAGUGAUGGUCACUGUUUAGUGGUCUAGCGCCGGUGUGAUUUAUCACAGCUCCUUAACAAACGGGAUGAGCAUUACUGCAGAUGUGUACUGUGCAGAAUUGAAAUUGUGUGUGAAAAGAACUGCUUUGAUGGAGAAGCUCGCACGUCUUGUCAAUCGCUCGUGCCCGCUGCUCCUGCACAACAACGUGUGACCUCAUACUGCACAACAGACGGUCUCCAAGUUGCAAGAGCUGGGUUGGAAGCUCUCCGUCACCAAACCUUGCGCCUACAGUCUUCUACUGUUACCAGAAUUUGUUGCCUUCCGUCUUCAAGAAAACCAUCAGUAAAUUGCCACUACCUUGGGUAAAGAUGCAUCGAUUGCAUGGGUAAUUAUUUUCAUUGAU